CCCCACGCAAUGUCACAAAAGUCAAGUCGACCAGUCAGUAAAUGACCCUAAUGACCUAGACACCGAAGAAAUCGAUGAAUUAGAGGAGAAGUUCAGGUACUUAUCGGCCACCAAGGAAUACCUGCCAUCAGUAAAGAUCCUACUGCCCGGUUACCCGAAUUGGUACCGAAACUGUGCACCAAACCGGACUCGUCUCCAUUGUGGAUUCCAGGACCUCAUCUCAUCAGCACGUCGAUGCAGAUCACACCGAAACUGCUUUCGCUGACGUGGGAGGGUUACCCUCUUCAUUACAUUCGCGAUCUCGGUUGGGGUUUCUUGGUACCAUUUUCAGAUGACUCGGAAGUAGAGAGAAAGCUGCCUCUAGCGAAAUUAUUGGAGAAAUGCCCUUUGAGGGUCACUAAGGACGGAUCGAACACUUGGGAGGCGAUGCAGCAGAUAUCCAACUCGGUACAACAGGAUCUUUCGAAAAAGCAGUACUUUGAUAGGAUGAAAGGGGACAAGACUGGAGGCCAGUACCAAGGUACUGGAAUUUGGUGCAAUACCGUAAUAGAAGAUUGUUGUUGGUUUUUCAAACUACCUCACAAAGACGGACCAUCUCGAAAUGUAGGAAAUCCGUUGGCUAAAGAUUAUCUGACCAAAUUUCCGACAACGUUUUGGCUGGCGAUACGGAGAGUGCGGAACAAGUUCUGUCAAUUGCUAGAAAACUAUCUUAUUGGAGAAAUAAUAGAGCUCGAAUUAUGGACCAGAUGGUUGUGUGGUUGAACAAGCAGGAUUUGCCCAAGGAGCUGCAAGAAUCUACGGACAAUUUUGGUGCGAUCAUACCCCAAGUGGUAGUUUGUGGUACACUUACUCGAAGAGCUGUAGAAUCCACAUGGAUGACAGCUUCAAACGCACACCCGGAAAGAAUUGGAUCUGAGCUCAGAGCGAUGGUUCAGGCUCCUCCUGGUUAUAACAUCGUGGGUGCCGAUGUCGAUUCGCAAGAGCUGUGGAUAGCUUCUGUAAUAGGGGAUUCCCGCCAUGCGGCGAUGCACGGCUGCACACCGUUGGGAUGGAUGACGUUAAGCGGAAACAAAUCUGAAGGGACGGACAUGCACAGCGUCACCGCAAAGGCAGUCGGCAUCAGCAGAGACCACGCCAAGGUCAUCAACUACGCUAGAAUCUACGGUGCCGGCCAGAAUUUCGCCGAAAGGUUACUGAAACAGUUCAAUCCGACCAUGUCCGAGACCGAAGCGAGAAGCAAAGCGCGGAAAAUGUUCGACAUGACCAAGGGAAAGAAGUUUUAUUAUCUGACGCGGGAGUAUGUACAUGAAUUUGGCGAUCAUCCGUUCACGAAAUGGCAAGCUAUGGAACUGGCCAAGGCGCACGGGAAAAAAGUGUCGGAGAUGUUUGAGACGUCAAAGUGGGUCGGAGGCACCGAGUCCGCCAUGUUCAACAGGCUGGAAGAGAUUGCGAACAGCGACAGGCCUACCACUCCAUUUUUAGGUACUGGAAUUUGGUGCAAUACCGUAAUAGAAGAUUGUUGUUGGUUUUUCAAACUACCUCACAAAGACGGACCAUCUCGAAAUGUAGGAAAUCCGUUGGCUAAAGAUUAUCUGACCAAAUUUUCCGACAACGUUUUGGCUGGCGAUACGGAGAGUGCGGAACAAGUUCUGUCAAUUGCUAGAAAACUAUCUUAUUGGAGAAAUAAUAGAGCUCGAAUUAUGGACCAGAUGGUUGUGUGGCUGAACAAGCAGGAUUUGCCCAUGGAGCUGCACGAAUCUACGGACAAUUUUGGUGCGAUCAUACCCCAAGUGGUAGUUUGUGGUACACUUACUCGAAGAGCUGUAGAAUCCACGUGGAUGACAGCUUCAAACGCACACCCAGAAAGAAUUGGAUCGGAGCUCAGAGCGAUGGUUCAGGCUCCUCCUGGUUAUAACAUCGUGGGUGCCGAUGUCGAUUCGCAAGAGCUGUGGAUAGCUUCUGUAAUAGGGGAUUCCCGCCAUGCGGCGAUGCACGGCUGCACACCGUUGGGAUGGAUGACGUUAAGCGGAAACAAAACCGAAGGCACGGACAUGCACAGCGUUACCGCAAAGGCAGUCGGCAUCAGCAGAGACCAUGCCAAGGUCAUCAACUACGCUAGAAUCUACGGUGCCGGCCAGAAUUUCGCCGAAAGGUUACUGAAACAGUUCAAUCCGACCAUGUCGGAGACCGAAGCGAGAAGCAAAGCGCGGAAAAUGUUCGACAUGACCAAGGGAAAGAAGUUUUAUUAUCUGACGCGGGAGUAUGUACAUGAAUUUGGCGAUCAUCCGUUCACGAAAUGGCAAGCUAUGGAACUGGCCAAGGCGCACGGGAAAAAAGUGUCGGAGAUGUUUGAAACGUCAAAGUGGGUCGGAGGCACCGAAUCCGCCAUGUUCAACAGACUGGAAGAGAUUGCGAACAGCGACAGGCCUACCACUCCAUUUUUAGAGGGAAGAUUAAGUAGAGCCUUAGAACCGAAAUCUAUGUCUGACGAUCGUUUUCUUCCCACCAAGGUGAACUGGGUGGUGCAAAGCGGAGCAGCUGAUUUUUUGCAUUUGAUGUUGGUCUGUAUGCGGUGGAUAAUGGGUGACAAUAUCAGAUUUUGUCUCAGCUUUCACGACGAAGUUCGGUAUUUGGUGAAAGAGAAAUACAGAUACAAAGCGGCACUUGCCCUCCACACGACCAACUUAUUGACAAGGUCUUUCUGCGCUCAUAGACUCGGUUUACACGACCUGCCACAGUCGGUCGCUUUCUUUUCUUCGGUAGAGGUGGACAUGGUGUUGAGAAAGGAGUCCAAACAGGACUGCGUAACCCCCUCUAAUCCUCACGGACUGAAACGAGGUUAUGGUAUCGAUAACGGCGAAGCUGUCGAUAUCUACACUGCUAUAGAGAAAGCAGGGGGUGUUUCCCCUAGAUGGUAUCAGUUUGAUGAUAGCGACAGAGAUGUCAAAAGCAACAAAAAGGAAGCACGUGAUGUUGGAAAUCCUCCAAGAUGACUUCGCACCACCAGCUGCCGGUCAGCAAAUAGUCAAAAUCGUCAACAGUAGGGGCAACAACCUGCAUCAGGUAGAAGCCGCGGACAAGUCAAAGUUCCUCGUCUCGAUGCCGAACAAGUUUCGCAAGAACGUAUGGGUGAAACGCGGGGACUUCGUCAUAGUGGAACCCAUCAAGGAAGGAGACAAGGUCAAAGCUGAGAUCGUACGGAUUGUCACAAAGGAGCACGUGAAGCUGUUCAAGAAGGACCAAGUGUGGCCUAAAGAGUUCGAUGACGAGGACGAUGAGGUUGAGAGUAGUGACGAUGAUUUGUUCGUUAAUACAAAUAGACCGAAUGUUGACGAUAGUGACGAGUCGGACACGUCGAGUCAUAGUGAUCACAGUGAUAGUGAUGCGUUAGUGAGUAGUGAAGAAGAGCGAAAAUCAUAAAUAAUUUUUUAUUUUUAUAUUCACUACUUUACUUGAAAUAUAGUAUCGUUUUGUA